UGUAUGAACAGAAUCCAUGAGGCUGUUGAGAUGAGCACAUCAGAGCUGGAGUCGGAACAGAGCGCGGAUGUCGUAACAUGCCUCCCCUGACAUAGCAAAGCUACCUCUGCGCUCAGAUGAAGAUGGGCCGUUGGUGAGAGGGGAUCCAUGCUGCACGCUGAGAAGCAGAGAGAGCCGAAACAAGGGGGUGAAAGGAUUACCCAUCAAUGACCCCUGUCCCACGGCGACUGCACGCAUCUGCUGGUUGUCCAGCAUGACGCCCCGCUUUGGAUCUGAAAUGCAUUUUAAAUGCAUGUCUAGGAUUUCAUCAGCAUAACGGUUGUGAGGCAGUUUGCAGUCGAAGCUGAGGAUGGCAGGAGACUCUCGUGUCUACAUGGACCACAACAUGGAGAUAGGAGUGACGCCAAAAGAGCAGGUGAAGAAACUCCCCAAGCACAUGAGAGAACCACAAAUCCCUACAGAUCGUACUCACCUCAUCUCCGACCCCGUCAAAAAACCCCGUCAGCGUUAUGUACAGAAAGAUGGCAAGUGCAAUGUUCAUCACGGCAACGUUCAAGAGACAUACCGGUAUCUCAGCGACCUCUUCACAACACUUGUUGACCUGCGUUGGCGCCUCAGUUUCUUCAUCUUCACUCUGGUCUAUGUGAUCAACUGGCUGUUCUUUGGGUUCCUGUGGUGGCUAAUUGCGCUCAUUAGAGGAGAUCUUCUUCACUCCGAUGAGAAGGGCUGGACCCCUUGUGUGGAAAACCUCAACAGUUUUGUUUCAGCGUUCCUGUUCUCUAUCGAAACGGAGACCACCAUUGGCUACGGCUACCGUGUCAUCACAGAGAAAUGUCCAGAAGGGAUCAUCCUCCUGCUGGUGCAAGCCAUCCUGGGAUCCAUUGUGAACGCCAUGAUGGUGGGCUGCAUGUUUGUAAAGAUCUCACAGCCCAAGAACCGAGCGGAGACGCUGAUGUUCUCCCACAAGGCUGUGAUCUCCGUGAGGGACAACAAGAUGUGCCUGAUGUUCAGAGUGGGUGACCUACGUAAUUCUCACAUCGUGGAAGCGUCCAUUCGCGCCAAACUCAUUCGUUCCCAGCAGACCAAGGAGGGCGAGUUUAUCCCGCUCAACCAGACGGACAUCAACGUUGGGUUUGACACGGGAGACGAUCGGCUCUUCCUGGUGUCACCCCUUAUUAUCUCGCAUGAGAUCAACGAGAAGAGUCCUUUCUGGGAGAUGUCCCGGGCGCAGAUCGAGAAAGAAGAAUUCGAGAUUGUAGUUAUUUUGGAGGGCAUGGUUGAAGCUACAGGCAUGACCUGUCAGGCACGCAGUUCAUACCUGGACUCGGAAGUGCUGUGGGGCUACCGCUUCACCCCGGUGCUUUCCCUGGAAAAGGGCUUCUACGAAGUCGACUACAACAACUUUCACGACAUAUACGAGACCAACACACCCACUUGUAGCGCUAAGGAAAUGGCUGCCAAAUUAAAAGAAAGCCCGCUCCUUCCCCACCUCCCUCUCCUCAGCCCUGACCUCAGGCAGCACACGCCGGACCCCUUCUCUAUCCAAGAUCCCCUGACCUUGCAAGAGGAGAAGGAUGGAAAGAACGGUACAGAGACAAACAAUGGCUCCGCCAACCGUUUGGAGGAGAAUCCGUGAUGGAAAAACCCUCUCCAGGUGGACUCGAGGACUGCGUAGUGAUUGGCCAGCUUCUUUUACCCUCGCAUGGAGAGAUUUCCUUGCAAUAGCCAUGCAAUACGAAUCCAGAUUUCUCUAGAGAGCCGAGCGUAUGCGUAGAGCAAGGUUAGAUGCACAACCAGAUGAGAAUCCGUAUAUUUAUACUGCACAUGCCUACACACUCAUGAAACAACAUGCCUACUGUAUACUCUCUUUUAGCUUUUAAAACUCCACCGUGCAAUUUUCCAUGCUAUCAACGCCCUGUACCUCAACGAUAAAAGAGUAGCCAUAUGCACUUCAAUCCUCCAGCAAAUUAAUAACAUAGAGGGCUUUGUUGGGAGGUCAUACACCUUAAUGUAACCAUAGCAAAUCAGCUUUAAUAGAAUUCCAAUGCAAUGACUCAUAGGAGAAAGACAGAGCCAAUUUCAAAGUUACACUAAUGCUUGUGUGUUUAACCACGAUGGAGGCCACAGUCGUGGGCUGCGGUGUCUUGUUUCUUUAUCCUAUUCUCUUGUAUGUUUUCUCUGUAUUGUAUUUAUGAUAUCGAGUCCUCUAACUCAUUACAUCAUUGCUGCAUGUGAUACGGCUUGCAAAAUUUGAGCAACAUGUUUGCCAAUGCGCCAGAUAAAAGCACAACCACUGCAGAGGUCGACGUACAGCAUGUUAACCUGCAGUAAGUACUGUAAAAUACUGGUGACGAGGGAGAGUCCGCGGAUCGGGUUUUUAGAAAUGUUGCACACUCUGUUGUCUUUGAAAUAUACCUACACUGCGAAGAUGCAUUUUGUCUGUCAUUAUGUUUGUCUUGGUUUUGCAGUAAAAAAUAUCCUAGGAUCAUUAAAACAAGAGAAGCAAAGUUGCAUUGAUUUCAAGAAAUGUUCUCUUGGAAUUACAUAUAGUUAUGUUUGCAAUAUUGAGAUUUUUUUUAAAUAUAAAUCAACAAAUUUAAUCAGUUUUAUGCUUAGAAUAAAUGUAAAACUCGAUUUUGGAUAUCGUCGCUGUCCUAUUAAAACCUUGAAUGUUCAAAUUUGCCUAUUUUCAGGAAAAAACACAGUACAUUUUAAAUGAUUAAAAACUGUGUUGUCAAAGUUAACAAGCAAUUUUAAAUGCGUUAUAUUAGUUAGAUAUUUGGAAAUCUCAGCUACAAGCAUCAAGGCUGAUUCAUAACAAUGAUUUGUGGCAAAAACAAAUCACAAAAUAUGGAGAUACGAGGUUUCAGAAGGACAGCUGCGAUAUACAUAGCAUGAUUUCUAUGCAAUGUUGCUUUGAAGAUAUUUUGACUAAAAACAUGCCAAAAUGUUUUUUUUUGCUGUGUAUGGAACAUUGUAAAAUCAAGUUCACACCUCGACUCCAGGAUUUUUGUUGUCCGUCAUGUCUGAGUUUUGUGUGCCGAUUUGAGCCCACAUACAUACUGCAAGACUGUCAUUCCCUUUUACAACCAACCCGAAGAACUGUGUUUAAAGCAAGCAUGAACCUGACGUUCUGUACACUUUCUAAACAGGGUAUUUUGUAAGGCAUGCAGACUUCAAAAACACAAACACUUUCUACAAAAAACUGUAAAGAGUGAUCAGUCGUGAUGAGGGGAGAGUUUAUUUGCAUUUUAGAUGGAACUUACCAGACAAGUCAUUUUCACAGAAUAAUAUUAUAUGCAGGCUAUUUACAUAAAUAAAAAAUAAAGAAACAAAUAUCGGAAUACUGUUUUUGUGUGUGUGAGGGGCAAAAAAAUACAUUGAUCAAAGGAAAAUCUAAUGGAUUUCUUAUUUUAUUU